ACUGGGUAGUGAGUGUCGCCUUAUCAGACAUCAGCACAUUAAACUGUCACCUCAUUGGCUCAACUCUGAGGAUACUGUGUGCUGGGGUUAAAAAAAAAAAAAAAACCUCAAUUAUUAUGAAGUUUAUGACACUGGUACAUGAGCGCGGUGAGCCAAUGUGGUGAUAAGUCGGGGAUAAAUAAAGAGCACCCUCAAGAUGGUUGGGUUACCUUAUACAACAAGCGUGUGGUUGUCAUGGUGGAGUGUCACGAGGCCUUGUGGACACCAUGAAGAGACAAAGAUCCUCAGGAACCCCCAGCACGGACGACAACACUGACAGCAGUGAGCUUGAGGACUCCUUAACGUUCAGAUCCUCUUGGUCCCUGGUGGACACCAUGAACUACGUGGGUCAGCUAGCCGGGCAGGUGCUGGUCACCGUCAAGGAGCUGUACAAGGGCAUCAACCAGGCCACACUGUCGGGAUGCAUCGACGUCGUGGUCGUCCGCCAGCGGGACGACACCUACCAGUGUUCGCCCUUCCACGUGCGCUUCGGGAAGCUGGGCGUGCUGCGCUCCAAAGAGAAAGUGAUUGACAUUGAAGUGAAUGGAGAGCCCGUGGAGUUGCAAAUGAAACUCGGCGACAAUGGCGAGGCUUUUUUCGUUCAGGAAACAGAGCAGCUGAAUCUUGUCCCUGCCCACCUGGCUACAUCCCCGAUCCCGACAGAGAGCCACCUUUUCUGGAUCUCAGAGGUGGAGGGCCGGCCGUCGAAAGACUUGGAAGACGACGACCCGGCCGACCAGGAAGAUCCACCCGCGCCGACCAGCGUCUCUACGAAAAAGAAGAAAAGACGGAAGAAGAAGCACAAAGGAGACCCCCGCAGAGAAGAACUGACUCCCCCCAUGCCGGUUGCCCUCGCUGUUGCUGCUAAUACACUUGCUACUACGACCAAUGAGGAGAUCUUUGAGAUGGACCUGAGCUCUGACGAGGACACCACUGUGCCGCACGUGUCCAGAUCGCCCUCAGUGUCCACAAUACGAGACAUUGACCCCAGGCUCCCUGCGGCCAGACACAACCUGGAUGGUUAUGCACUGUCUGAUGGUGACUGGACAGCAAAUGACAGCCAUGGCUUAUCACAGGCCUUUUCGCCAAAAAGUGACUCUGAACUGAUGGUGAGACCCUCAGAGACGUUGCUGCGAGCCGAGUCGCACAUGCAGUGGACCUGGGGAGAGUUCCCGGAAACAACCAGGGUCACCAAAAAAGACAAGGCAGAGCUCCUUAAAACGGUGACCAUCACCCCUUCCGAGAGCACCCAUUUCCGCGUCAUCCUGAGCUCCGAGGCCAUGGAGGAUGACGGCGAAACAGACGACGGGGGCCACCCGGCGUGCGCCCUCGUCAAGCCCGAGCCACAUGCUCUUACGAGCACCUACACAACCACGUGUGAGAAUCUCGCCUCUCUCACGGAGUCCGUGGACGUGCUGCCUUACAGUGUGGUCACCUCCACCCCCGCCAACAGCCAGCAGAGCGACUCACCCUCUAAGAAGAAAGGUGUCCCGAAGAGGAGUCAUCAUCAGGGUCCUGAGGACAUCUACCUGGAUGACCUAAAGGCACUUGAGCCUGAUGUAGCCGCCAGAUACUUUCCUAAGAGUGAGGCUGAGGCGGCCAGCAAGCACUGGAUGGAAACAGAGAUUCGCUCGGGUUCGCAGUCGCCGCAGUCAGUCGGCAGCGCCGCGGCCGACAGCGGCACCGAGUGUCUGUCGGAUUCGGCCAGCGACCUCCCAGACGUCACGCUGUCGCUGUGUGGAGGCCUCACCGAGAACGCGGAGAUCUCCAAAGAAAAGUUCAUGGAGCACAUCAUCACCUAUCACGAAUUUGCUGAAAAUCCUGCAAUUAUAGAUAAUCCCAACCUUGUUGUAAAGAUAGGAAAUAGAUACUACAACUGGACUCUUGCUGCACCUUUAAUUCUAAGUCUACAAGCAUUUCAGAAGAAUUUACCAAAGGCUACAGAGGAAGCCUGGGUAAAGGAGAAGAUGCCAAAGAAGUCGGGCCGCUGGUGGUUCUGGCGAAAACGGGCGGACAGUGCAAUCAAGCAGUCUGAGACUAAGCUUGAAACCAAGGAGGAGUCUCAGUUGGGGGAGGAAGGAUCCGCCAUGACACAAGAGAAUCUCACUUCACUGACUAAAAGCACAGACUCGUCCAGCGACGAAGAGUGCAAGGAGGUGAGCGCCGCGUCAUGUCAGGAGAGACACCAGCUGAGCGACGGUCAACAGCACGCAGGCCCGCACGCCUACAGGAAGUCGCUACGCCUCUCCUCUGAUCAGAUCGCCAGUCUAAAACUGAAGGAGGGCCCCAAUGAUGUGACGUUCAGCAUCACCACGCAGUACCAGGGCACGUGCCGCUGUGAGGGCACCAUUUACCUGUGGAACUGGGACGACAAAGUCAUCAUCUCCGACAUCGACGGAACCAUCACCAAGUCCGACGUGUUUGGCCAGAUUCUGCCGCAGCUUGGGAAGGACUGGACGCACCAGGGGAUCGCCAAGCUCUACCACUCAGUAGCCGAGAACGGCUACAAGUUCCUGUACUGCUCGGCUCGUGCCAUCGGCAUGGCUGACAUGACGAGGGGCUACCUGCAGUGGGUCAACGAUGGCGGCACCAUCCUGCCCCGCGGGCCCCUCAUGCUGUCCCCCAGCAGCCUUUUCUCGGCCUUCCACAGGGAGGUCAUCGAGAAGAAACCGGAGAUCUUCAAGAUCGAAUGCCUGACUGACAUCAAGAACCUGUUUCAGCACAACAAGCAGCCGUUCCACGCCGCCUUUGGCAACCGAGCCAACGACGUGUUUGCCUACAAGGAGGUGGGCGUUCCCGUUUGCCGGAUCUUCACGGUCAACCCGAAGGGAGAGCUGAUCCAGGAACAGACAAAGGGAAACAAGUCCUCUUAUGGCAGGCUGAGCGAGCUGGUGGAGCACGUGUUUCCGCUGCUGAGCAAGGAGCAGAACGAGGCCUUCACCAUGCCCGAGUUCAGCUCCUUCUGCUUCUGGAGGCAGCCCAUCCCCGCCGUGGACCCCGCGGACCUGCUCUGAUAUUCGCUCAGGUACUCGCGCUCUCUCGCACACGGAGAAGGCCAAGAUGACGUGUAUCGCACUUAAAAGGAUGGCCAGGGGGAUCACAAGACUUGCUCUUUUUUUUUCCUGGCACCAUAAACACAAAAGAAGACACCCCUGAGAGUUUUGCUUUUGCCAAACAAAACGCCGCCAUACAGACGCACCUCUGGACCUGCUAAUGGCUGCUGCGUUGCGGUACAGUGAGAAUGAGUCACGCUCAGUAUUCAAGGUCAUGUCUCCACUCUCUCAACACGGAGCAGCUACUCCUUAUAUCGAAUCGGCUCACUUAAAGGACAAUAGAAGCAUAUAACGCUCUAUUUAUGAUGCUCAACAACCCCCUCUGCUGAGUCAAUAUUAUUAUUAUUUAUGAUUAAGUGAUAUGUUUAAGUUAUUACUGAUCGUGAUGCUUUUUGCUUUGUCAUUUACAGUCACGUCGUUGGACAACAUUAGCACUAAAUGCUAACAGGAAUGCUUUUUGCGUUGCUUUGUUUGAAGUCAAUAAUAGUACACGUUUUAUAAGGUACACCACAUACAUUCCUCAGCAUAUAUACUGUUCAAAAGUUUGGGCUCAUCUAUGAAAAAACUAAUUAUUGUCAUUUAAAGAAAAUGACAAACACUUCAGUUUCUUUGUGUCUUAAUGAAGAUUUCUUGGCAUGCCAUAAACCGAUAACUUUGCAGUGGUGUGUAUAAAAAUCCAGUCCAGACAUUGUGGUUAAAAAAAACAAACGAAAGAACUGCUUUUCUUUAAAAAAGACAUUUCUGUUAUAUACAACAGUGUGUUUUUUCAUGGAAGAUCAGAAAUAAUCUCAGUGACCACAAACUUUUGAAUUGUGUAUAUAUAUUUAUAUAUACACUGAAUGUGUGUAAAGAAGCUUCCAUUUGAAGGAUUUUGACAUAAUACAAAGGAGAGGUAUUACUUGAUGAUCCAAACACACUUGGUCUUAAAGCUGCAGUGCACACCUCACACAGCAGUUAAGAAUUUAUGUUUAGCUUCUUUUCCAUAGCGGAGAAGCUAAAAUGACGUUUAAGAGAAAAAUGCAGUGUAUUCGGGAUGUUAAUAAGCUCAAACGCAACGCUAACUAGCAUCAACGCUAACCCAUCGAGCAUGGGUGGGUAACCUACAGGAGCCGAAAAAACCUCAGAGGAAGUGUUGCAGAAAGGACAAAAAAUGUUCAUCAUAUAUAAGCAAAGAUAGCAUUAGCUUAAUAGCAUAAUUGCACAUCAUUUUUUUUAUCUUGUCAAAAACAAGAAAAGAAAUGACACAUAUUUCAACAAGAAGAGUCCUGUUGCCUCAAUUCUUGAAAGAUUAAGAAUCCAUGCUGACAUAAAGAAAAAAACCAAACAAUUUUUAGCAGGCAGAUUGAUAUUGUUUGUUGAUAUUGUGACAGUAAGUUAAAAAGGACACAGACAAUUUUGCUAUCAGGCUAACGAUUUGUUUCCACGUAUGUUUUCGUACGACGAAAGGUAAUCACUUAACACCGCUCUAGCUUAUUUGUUAGUGCUGUUUCAAAUGUGUUUAUUUGUAACUUCUUAAGUUGUAUUGUGUUCAGCCACACGCACACACGCGACGUGGUGUCAUGUGCUGAGAUGAUGGUAGACAGACAACAACAACCUUUGCCCCCACGCGAAGAGCCUGCAAAAUGGCAUCAUCAGAGCCCGUAUUAGAAGCUCAGGGGAUGUAUCCGUCUUUAACCACAGUUUCAUAGACCCAAGAAAAUUAAAUGUCAACAGCCCCUUUCACACCGCCUUCCCGUUAAGCUAGAGCCAACCCUAUUUUUGCCUGUGCCUUGCAAAUUGAUACUGAUAAACUGAAAGUGAGACGUUGACCUUCACGCAGCUUUUACAGCUUCCCACAUUUAGAUAAUUAGAUGCGUGUCAGGGUACAGGAUAGGGACUGUGACUUUCGACAAAAUGGUGUAGCCAGUGAGACUCUGGUGGUGGCGUCCCGCUAUCCUAUGUUAACACGUAGAAAGACGGCAAAUUUUUGGGUCAACUUCUACUCCUUCAUCCCACAGUGGUACCUCACACACAGGAGAAAAAAUAAACUAGAAUAUAACAUAAAAUACUCGUCUCAAUUGCUUUCGACACAAAAAAGGGUGUGGUCAGGGACUCUGAUGUUCAACUCGAUCCUCAAUCUCCCGUAUUAGAAUUGUUCCGUCCGCUUCAACCCCCUCAAACUUCACACACAGGUGAAAAAGUCGAGGAAAUCCCUGCUGAGACGACAUAAAAUACUCCAACCAACAAUUGCUUUCGUGACCAGCGAGUCUCUGUGCUAAACUUUACUCUUAGCAUCCCUCUAUCCUGAUACUACGUCAUAAAUAGGCAAAUUGGCGGGUUGACUUCAGCUCCCUUCAUUCCACAUGGACAUAAGAUACUUGGACAGCGACAAUUGCUUUCGACACAUUUUGCCAGUGAGCAUUGGGUGUUAAACUUCAUAAAUCCCACCUCUGUUAUGGCUCCGAUGCUAUCUCCGUAGGGUGGAAAAUGCGACAUGCUAUAAAUACAGAUAUUUUUCUUAUCUUGUUAGAACAGCAAGUGGUUCAUGUGCACACGAAGUGCUUUGUAUAGGUUUCCGUUAGUUGGCAAGUGAACAAGGACUGAACAUGAAAAUCAAUUUUAAAAAGGAAAGCAGGGCUUUAAGCACAAACAACACCAAUGACUGCAUGGUCAGUAUCACUCAUUGUUAUUGCAUCCACGGUUGAGUCACGUGCAUCCUCUGGUUAGCGAUAAAUAAACAUAAAUAAAUCCAUUCUUUCUAUGAAAGUAAACCAUCUUGUGUGGACAGCGCACACGUCACCUUCGGAACCGUCCCGCCCACCUCACACACGUCUUUGUUAUAUUGUACUACAAACCUACAAACAAAAAGAUCCACUCUAUAGGAUGGGCGGAUGACUCUGUGUUGCCUUUCAUUUAUUGUUCUCGUUCUUGUCAUUUCUUCGAAAGUGAAUGAUGCUUGCUUCUGUGUGUGUCCCACCCACACAGAAAUGCCACAGUGUUCAUUUAUAGGUUCAAAUGUGGUUUAGAGUAUCUCCAAAACGACAAAUUGUAAAGAGGAAAUGCGUAUUUAAAAAAAAAAAAAAAAAAAAAAAAAAAAAAAAAGGAGAGAAAAUAGGCCGAAUGGAUUCUGGCUGUUAUGGUAUCAUUUGUAUUCAAUAAAGUUUCUAAAUGAGUAUGUUUGUGUUUGAGCUCUCAUUUUGUCUACAGCACUUCACACGCCCCUUUCCGCACCUGUACAACUCACUACUACUUACUUAACUCGUUAUUUCAGUGGACCCCGCGUACUUGCAGUUUGGUGUUUUUUUUUUUUUUUUUUUUUUAUUGUAACGUGACAAAAAGGAGUGUGAACAUUUUUAGUUUUGUUGUCAUGGCAAAAUAAUGGCUACAGUAUGUAUGUAUGUAUGAUGAUUGUAUUGUAUCGUCGCUUUACUUGAGAUACUGUCGCCUGUAAACACGCCCAAAAAUGUCAAACUAGCUGUACACCGCAUGGUAGAAUGCUGUUCUGGAACACAACUGUCUGCAUUAGAUUUUUUUAUUUUCAUACAAAAUACUGUCUACUACUGAAGAGUUGUCCAUACUUAACCACAAAGUUGUGUGCGUGUGUAGGCGGAUGUUCCACCUACACGCUCAGCCAAUCACAGUUGUAGCAGCAGCCGUGUUGGAUUGGUGAUUGACAGCGGGUCUGUAUAGAUAAGAUGGCAGCGCCCAUGUCUGUUGGCUUGCGAGAAUUUCACUAAACUAGUAAUAAAUACGGCAUUAAAACCAGUGGAGUCCGUAACAGCUCUGUGAAAUGUUGCUAAACCGAUCUACGACUGCCCACUGUGUUUGUGUUACACGGUAACAGUCACACUAUUGACUGUUAGAAAACUACAGUUGCUUGUUUAAUUUCAAACUCAGCUUGCUGCAAAAGUAGUAACGUCAUACACGCUGUGAUUGCGACAACUAUGAGCCCGUUGCCGUCAUACUGGGCAAGGGAGACUUGAAUCUUGCUCUCUCGUCUACUAACAGCUUCACGCAACAUGUGCAACAAGAGGGAAUAAAACUGCACCUCCUGUAUGCUAAAUGGCAAUGUCAAUGGAGCGCUUGUCUAAUUUAAUUUGAAAACGUUUUAUUCAGUUAUGUAUGAUUGUAUCAUUGUAAUUAUUGUCUUUCAUGUUUCAUGUACAUCACUUUCUGACAGCUACAGUUUUUUAAGUGUUAUGAAAUAAAGUUUGGUUGAGCUGCUGAA